CGGGCUUCUACAGAGAGCCGAUAGAGGAAGAGCCACUGUGGGUGCAGUUCAUUAGCCUAAGCGUUAGCUACUAUUAGCAGGCAUCGCUGACAAGUGGUUGUCUAUUUGUAAAACAAAUAUCUGUUUACUAAAUCAGAGUUGUAAUCGAGGCUUUCCGACGACUGCUUCGCCAAGAUGAGCUUCCUGUUUGGCAGUCGUUCAUCCAAGACCUUCAAGCCGAAGAAGAACAUCCCAGAGGGCUCCCAUCAGUAUGAGCUCCUGAAACACGCUGAGGCAACACUGGGCAGUGGGAACUUGAGGCAGGCUGUCAUGCUGCCUGAGGGAGAGGAUCUCAAUGAGUGGAUCGCUGUCAACACGGUGGAUUUCUUCAACCAGAUCAACAUGCUGUAUGGCACCAUCACCGAGUUCUGCACUGAGACCAGCUGCUCUGUGAUGUCUGCUGGACCAAGAUAUGAAUAUCACUGGGCUGAUGGCACCAAUAUUAAGAAGCCCAUCAAAUGCUCUGCACCCAAGUACAUUGACUACCUGAUGACCUGGGUGCAGGAUCAACUGGAUGAUGAGACACUUUUUCCCUCCAAGAUUGGAGUUCCUUUUCCGAAGAACUUUAUGUCUGUGGCCAAAACCAUCCUGAAGCGUCUGUUCAGGGUUUACGCUCACAUCUACCACCAACAUUUUGACUCUGUGAUGCAGCUGCAGGAGGAGGCCCACCUCAACACCUCCUUCAAGCACUUCAUUUUCUUUGUUCAGGAGUUCAACCUCAUCGACAGGCGAGAGCUUGCUCCCCUGCAGGACUUGAUCGAGAAGCUUGGAUCCAAGGACAGAUAGACAUUUCAUCACACAUCUCCCCUUUUUUUAAACAGUUUCCUUUUCCUACUUUGUCCCUCUCUGUGACCUCAGCUACCUCUAUGACUUCUAGUCUCAACUCUUCAAAUCUGUGCCUUCUUCUUUUCAUUUCAUAAAGGUUUGUACUGUACUUGUCCUUGUAUUCAUUUUCUUAUCUUUUAUGCUGCCUUUGAGCCCUCUCUUCCAUUUUGCCACUCUAGAUCAUAUGAAAUAGUGUAGUGUGUGAUAAGAAUAUUUUUUCACAGGACUGUGGUUAACAACUCUGUAAGAGCAACCUACUGAAUAUUGUAUAUUGGGCCAAGGACAUUUGGAAAAACCAGCUUUUUUUCCCUUCAGAAGUUGGUAUACAGUGUUUUGAUUGUCUGAACAUAGACAAUUUUCUUUUUGCUAACUUUUAGCUAUAGUAAUUACAGUGACUGACCAAAUAUCCCAAUCUCAGCUUUUUGAAAUGUCCGUCAAUAUUGUGAAGUGGAGAGUAAAAACGUCAAAAGUAGUGACAUUGAACAUGCAUGACAAUACAAGUUUGUGGAAGGUAUUGUCAGUCUAACAUGAAGACGGGCACAAAAAUGCACAGGUAUAUACAUUAGUAUAUAGCUCUCUGUCCAGGCUGGUUGUGUAUCUGAUAUCCCAUGUAUGCUAAGAUGCUUCCUAUUGACACGCUCUUUGACACCGUUGCAUGUGAAUAGAUGCAGUGAUAGACAAUUUUGAAAUGCCUUUGUUCUUGCCCCACAAAAAACACCACCAUUGACUGCAUUAUAGCUAUGUUAAUUUGUUCAUGCAAUAUUGUGUUUUGAUAUUUUCCUGCUAAUUUCUUCAUUAAAAUAGUAAAAUGCAAGAUAUGGUGAUUACAGGGAUACUUUUAAACUGCUAGAUAGUGAUUACUGAUAGCCACUUAAAGCUUUUGUAAUCAUGACCCCAUAAAGGAGCUGGUAGAAAUCAUCGUGUCAACAGCAGAAAUUGUCUAAUGUGAAUUAUUUGUUUUACUGUCAUUUUAGUUAAUUUUUGUGGUGCCGAUUUACUUGUGGAACCCUGCAUAUUUGAUCUUUCAGUGCUGGUACUUCAUUUUAUUUUUUUUACUAAAUAUUUCCCCCCUGGAUUGUAAAAUAGAGCAAUAACGAUUGCACCUGUGCACGAUAAGGAUGAGUGACCUGAGGUAUAUGUAGUUUUUCCACAGAUGUCUUUAUUAGUCCUGGUGCAUGUAUCAUGGUCAUUUCCUGAGCUUAACUCUGGCUACAACAGCAGGGCUGUUUGUACUGCCAUCCUUUUACAAACUAAUGCAGCUAGUAUUCCUGAUGAAUGUUUCAUUUGGCAACUUUGAGCAAGGGAAUUAACCUAAACCUUCUUCAUGUUGGACCGAAAUUCAUAUCAGACAAUCAUGUAACCAAUUAGGAACUGUUAGAUAACUUAAUGCAUCACCAGGAACCAACCCAUGGGAUCGGGUGCAGUAGAGUGUUCAUUUUAUAACGUACUGCUUUUUAAGAAAUUGAAAGCCUUUCAACAAUGUGAGGAAAAACAACCAUGUUUUUACACUUUUAACUGCGAUUUAUCCACUCUUAGGCCCUUAUUUGAAUAUAUAACUAGUCCUUUCUUUGAAUCUAGUCACAUUUUUGAAAUGUAUUGCUUUUUCUUCACAAUUUUGUUUUCAAACUUUUGGCAUGGAGUUACAUUUCAUAUUACAUGUACAUGUAAAAUACAUGAAUGAAUUUACCUUUUCAAAUAAGGAACAAGGGCUUUGAAAUGAAUUAAAAGUUUUAUAUAUUUACAAUAAUGGUCCAAUCAUUGGGGGGUCAUUUUGACUGGGAGGAGGUGCGAGGAUGUAUGUACGAACAUUUUUUUUUUUGUAAAUAAGAUCAGUGUUUUAUCUGAACAAAACUGUGCCUUACAAAAAUGAAAAUGUCUGAUAUGACAGUAUUGGUAGAUCAAAAACUCAAUAAACACUGAAAGGACAA